AUGUCGUGUCACAGCACCGGCAGUCGUGACAUGGCGCCCUGGUGGCAGGUGGACCUGCAAGCUGUCUUCAGAAUAUCUAGAGUUAGAAUUGUUCGUCGUACAGAUUGCUGUGCCAGGAGACUGCACGACCUCGCCAUCGAUGUGUACGCUGAGGACCCUGCCGUCACAGGGAGCGCCCCGCCCACGUUGUGUCACUACUACAAGGGCGUCUACAGGCCAACAGGUCAAGACACCGUGUGUGACUCUGUGGUUGCUGGGAGGUUUGUGAGGCUGUCAAGGAAGAAGACCCGACCCGGUGUAGACAUCUUUACCUUGUGCGAGGUUUCCAUCUACGAACCAGACAAGUAUAGUAAGUAG